CCAGGACUUUGCCAGCCAAUCUCAGGGUACAGGCAGACAAACAACCAUUCACACUCACAUCAACAUCUAUGGACAAUGUAGAGCCAAGUUCAAUUAACGAACCUAACAUCCAAACUCCACAAAGCCCAGAUUUGAACCCAGGAACUCGCAACUGUGAGGCAGCCGUGCUAACCACUCGACCACCACCAUGCUACCUGUGUCCGAUAACAGUUAUGAAAAGUUUCUGGGUCCAAUAGAUGUUCAACCUUAAUAAUCCAAUUCUCAUUGAGAGCAACUCCUCAUUUUCUAAACACUGACUUUUGUACUGCCUAUUUGGUCUCUACCUAUAUUACCACCAGAUUACAUUGACUUCACUCAAAUCCUGCUGAGCUCGUUUUCCCCUUGACCUAAUGUGACCAGAAAAGGGGAGGGGGACUUAAUUAACCAAACGGCACUGGCCCCUCCUAUGUUUUUUUGGGUGGACGGUGGUCCUUGAAGGGGUUUAGGUUACCUGGCAGUCACGCAUCCACCUACCCACUCGCAUUGCUGUGUAAACACAUGACUGAGUCAUACCUCCCACCCUGCACUGGCCUGUCUGUCUUUGGGUAUUGCUCUACUCUGCCUGUGGCACACACAUUUGUCUUGCCUGGUCUGAAUUGCCAGAAGCAAAAAGAUUGUCCAUAGAACGCUGUGUCUUGGUCUCCCUGCCUUCCCUUUCCCUCUUAUGACCACGUCACGCACUGCGUAGUCUUUCCCUGUCCUGUGUAUACGCGCCUCCCCACACCAGUGAUAAUGUGAUGUGACGCAUGAGCGUGCGAUGCAGCGUGCGUGGGGUUUGUGUGUGUGUGAAUGUGUGUGUGUAUGCGGAGGAAGAAUGACUAUGUAGAGAAUUGUGUGCAUGUGAAGACACAGUCAAGUACAUGCCAGACUGAAACAGGGAGAAUAGUCGAUCUGAAGGAGCUUCGAUGAUUUUUCAUCCCCACCCAUUUUUGUGACGAUGCAGCUAGAGAGGAAUACUCAACUAUAAGUUAGAGGUCUGAUGUUGUGGUCUGACAAUGAAGCAAUAACACGCAUCCCUUUUGGAUACUGAAGUGACGCUCCAAACCUCCUGAGUCCAGACAAUGGAUUGGACUUUUGAUCAAACAUCCAUGUAGAGUCUAAAGAUGUUCAGAUUGUUUGUUUGUUCAGCUCAAGGUUUUUGAAUACUUUUGCAGCAUUAUAUGGUGGCUUAAUAGUCCUUACAGUAAGAUGAGUGUUUCUAAGUCCAGUGAGCGUGUCACAGAGGAGAAGAGCGACACCGGCAUGAGACUCUCUCUUCACAGUGCAGGACACCACAAUGGAAACACUUUUGCAACCUCCUCAUCUUUUUCCUCGCCAUCCUUCUGUUUGGGGGAAUCCUCUCCAGAGUCGUUGUGCAGUAGUGGGUAUACUGACAGCCCACAAGACUAUGAUAUGCUCAAAGUCACCCUGACCACUACUUUAUUGACAGGAACAAAAGACAUUGUAGAGGAUGCCAUUUCCAACUGGGAGCAAGAGGACAAAAGUAUGCUCAGCAAAAAUAGUGAUGCUGCAUUUGAAAAGAUUCAAACAGCAAAUGAGCGGUCAAAAUCAAAUGAAAACUCUAUAUCAGUUUACCUUGAUGCCUGUGCUGGUGAACACCAAGAAAACAGGAAUGGCAAUGACAGCGACAACCUCGCACUGUCCCUAUCUUUGAUAUCCGAUGCUGUUGACCAUGGUAGUAAUGGUAACAACAGAUAUAGAGAGAGACAUGGCUCAUUAACUCCAGACUCAGAAGCAACAGGAAUUAUUGACGAUGAUGAUGUUGCUGGUGACGAUGAUGAUGAUGAUGAUGAUGAUGCUGAAGAUGAAGCUUUGUAUUUUUCAAUCAGCUCAGAUAUUGGUGUACGGAGAACGAGCGCAGCCUACACAAGCUCACCUAAUCUGAGCCUCUUUAGCAGAGCGCACUCUGCACUGAUGCCUGAGCUCCAGAUAAAGGGGACUGGAACAAUGAGUGAUCAGGGAUCAGAGGUAUUGUUAGAAGAAGUACAGAUUACCUGUCCGCUGGAUUCUCUUGGCGAAACGCCUGAGGACAUUAGUGACCCCCCCCGCAAAGUAGCUGUUACUCCCUCUGCAGUGAGUCUUGUCCAAGAUACCAAGGACAUUGCACAAAUGCUAAAUUGCACAGAAACGUAUGUGUUGGUCCCCAAACUCACCAGCUCUCCAAGUAGACUAAAAGUCAAAUCAGACAUUGCACUUGUCCCCUUGGCUGGAGAUUGCAAAAUGACAAAUCGUAACGAAAAUGGGCUCUCCAAAUUGGACCUUAAAAACAUCAAGGCUAAAGUUGGAUCACGACCCACCCAGUCUGCACAAAAGAUAACUUUCCAGAAUCGAUCUGUUUCAGAAAUUGGAAGGAAGGCGGCACCGAGGAAGGGAGAAAUGAAGGCUUUUUAUGGGGGUAAAAGGCAAAGCCCAUCUCCUGGUAAUGUCAAAGUGGCUUUGGUGCUGAAACCCACCCGAGGAAAGAGCACUUUCAUCAAAACCAGCCCCAAGGCAGCAGCCUUUGACUCCAAAAAGUCAAAACGGCCGAGUGGAGCCUUCAGUGGAAGACCGUCACACUGCACGAGUGCCAUGCACACAGAGGUGGCAGAGGAACAAUACCGGGUCACACCCAGAAAGGUAGCCCAGGAGGUAUCCGAUAAAUGCCUAUUAAACGUGGAGUCUCAGUAUCAGAGUACAAUACCGGGUGAAGAAUGUGUGGAAGACUAUUGGGAGGGGACUGGUGAGGCUCUACAGACUCUGGGCAAUCUGGACAAACCAAGGAAUCAUACCUGGAAAGUCUCCAAAUUAGGGCCCACUGUAAGGCCGCCGGGGAAAAGCAUUCGAGUGGAUAAAGGACUAGUUCCACCUCCAGGGACUGGACCUCCAGGACCAGAGGGCCCCAGGCCCCGGCAAAGCCAGAUUAAUGGACCUAUGUUGAAAGAAGUUGGACAGAGUGCUGGAGAUGGAUCUCCAAUGAGAGUGAAAAACAUUCAAAGUCAGAGCAAUGGUGUCCCCAGACCCCGCCUCACAUUAGAGCAGCCGGCUUCACCAUUGGUCCCGAGCUUUUCAAAUUCCAACUCAAAAUCUAGAGCUACUCUCCAACCAGCCUUUGGGCCACCAGUUUUAAAUGCUGCAUCAAAGCUUCCUGUUAAAGGGUUACCCUCAAACCUUAUUGUUUCACCCCUGGGAUGCAAUGAGAACAACGGACCCACAAGCAAAGCUUCUCCAAAAUCUUCAUGUAUUGGUACCAGGUCAGCUGAGAGGGCCAGCAGAAGCAAUCCUCCAGUAGGCAGUCAGAGUGGGAAAAAAACCUUGGGUCCCACUAGUUCCUGCGACACUGUUACCUGUUUUAACAGCACUUGUGUUACUGCUGUUCCAAAGUCUCCUGCAAUGAGAAGCAAAGCUCUGUCACCGCAGUCUCGAACAACAGCCACAGGUCUGAAGAUCCCCUCAGUCAACAACCACAACACGGCCAAGACAGCAACAGCUAAUCAAACAGCUAAGACAUCUUCAACUGUCAAUCAGGUGCCGACAAAACAGGCAUCCCAUUAUCCAUUGCAAAAGAGCGGCUUGGCAAGGGUCAGUGGACUCAAUGGAACAGUUGACAAAAGCAAGCCCCGGGAUGUCCAUGCAAGAUCCACAAACAAUUGCAGCAGUUCUCCAGUUCCAGCACUUACAGCAGGACACAGGCAACAGGAUCCAUCUCGAGCGCUGGUACCGGAUGUGGUGAAUGCCAAUGCGCCAGGGACAACAGUUUCCUCAGUGCCUGUCGCUGUUUCCACCAACACUGGGUCAGGCACCACAGGACCCCCCGCACUCGCGUUCAAAGCAAGACCAGGUUCACGGUCGAGCGCCAAACAUAGAGCACGGUUGCAAAAUGCGCCCAAGCCCGGUGCGGCCACAGCUAAACAGAACCAGAGCAAAGAGCCGACGGAGAAGAACAACCAGGCCGGCCAGCUUUGGAAACUGCUCAUCCAAGCAAAUAAAAAAGUGGAGGCUCUCGCUACUGUCGUUCAACAUCUCUUCAAUGAGCGUGAAGAGACUUUAAAGCAGAAGAAGGACCUGUCACUACAACUGGCAAAACUCAAAAAUGAGCUGGUGGAAUCGUCUCAGUGCUGUGACCGUUUGCACAAGGAGAAGGAAGAGGCCCGCAUCAGUUUGGAGGGGGUGCUGAGAAGGCUUGAUGAGCAGCACAAGGUGGAACUGGUUCAACUGGAGGACAGAUUAAAGCGUUUUUACCAAACGGAGUGGGACAAAGUCCAUCAAACGUACCAGGAAGAGGCUGACAAAUGCCGCAUGUUAAUGGAAAGACAGGUGGAGGAGAUGAGGACCAGACAGGAAGCUGAGAGGAAGAACCAGGCAGCAAGUCAUAGCCAAAUCAUGGAGUCUCUCAGAGAGCAACAUGAGACCUCCCUACAAGAGCUAAAGAGAAUUCAGGAAAUUGAUCUGGAGAAUCUGGACAAAACACGAAAGGAAACAGAAACGAUUCUUUCGGACAAACUAUCCGAGCUGUCAGCUGAGAACGCCAGCCUGAAUGAAAAGCUGAAAGCAGAGGAAGAGAGGCGGAUACUUGCAAACAAGAGUCUGAAGGACUCCCACACUGUGUAUCUGGAGCAGGAGCUCGAAAGUUUAAAGGUGGUGCUCGAGAUCAAGAAUAACCAGCUGCACCAAAAAGAAAAGAAGCUCAUGGAAAUGGACAAACUGGCUGAUACAAAUGUGAAACUGGAGGAAUGUAUGACAAAGGUUCAACAGGAGAACGAGGACUACAAAGCCAGGAUGGACAAACACGCUGCUCUCUCAAAGCAGCUGUCCAGCGAGCAGGCCAUACUCCAGCAGACUCUCCAGAAAGAGUCCAAGGUCAACAAGCGUCUGUCAAUGGAGAACGAGGAGCUGCUGUGGAAGCUACACAACGGCGACCUGCUGGGGAGUCCACGCCGCCUCUCCCCCACCUCUCCCCUCAGCUCGCCACGGAACUCCGCGUCGUUCCCUGCCGCCGCGCCUUUAUCUCCGAGAUAGCGCCGUCUUCCCCUCCUCUAAGGGUCUCGUUCCAAGCGCCACGAAGAUGGACGCAGGAUCCAAAACUUGGACAGCGUUGGAUGGACGAACUUGUACAUUUUGAACUAUUUGCAGUCAAAGACUGUUGCUUUGAAAACAGAGAAAUCGCAGAUGUACAGAUGCACUUCGAUGUGAGCGUGGGGCUUGUUUAGCUCCUGACUACCAAAUGCCAACAAUCGUCCUCUUUUUUUCUCAAGAAAAUCCCAGGCAUAACUCAGGGUCUGUAUAUAGCACCUCUCUUGUGUUAUGGCUAGCUACCUUUUUUUUUGUUUUGUUCUUUUCGGUUAUGUACGCAUUAAGGAGGAGGCCGGCAACUCGGGUUGCGUUCGGGCUGCAAAUCAUAAUCCGUCAUUUAAAUUUUUUUUUGGGGGGGGGGGUUUGACAAGGAUUGUUUGCCUUUGUUCUUCUUUUAAAAUGGACCGUUUUCUCCCCAAAGAGCGACGCGCAAUCACCGGUCUGCUUCAGACCUCUGGAAGAAGGAAAUGAACUUCGCAUGCGUGUGUGCGCAAACAAGAACUUCUACUCGGUUGGGUUCAACUGACCUAAACCCAUAGACUUGAACUUGGACGUUCUUGUUCUGUGUUUGCUCCUUCCAACCUUAGUCUACUAUGAGGAAUGUAAUUCUCCUUGGAUGUUAGGUCUGUGCCGGCCCGAUUAGACCCCACCUUCCAUUUCUAUAAGGAAAAUGCUUGUAACUGUAUCCCCCCUGUUUAACUAACUGACACCUGUAAAAUUACCCAAUUGAUUAGAUCACUUAACAUUGUCACAUUUGACUGAGCUUUCCCACAGUGAAAACAUUCAUUUCGAGACGCUGGUCUUUUAGUUUGACUUUUUGCUGUUACUCCUCAAAAACGUUAAAUGUACCCACAAUUCCUCAGUAUGGUCUCUUUUAUUUUGACAAUGGGAUGAGCACAGUAUGACAUCCGAUUCUCGUGAUGUUUCAUUUGUUGUUCAUGUACAAUGAUGCUAUAGUACCAAAAAUGAAACAGCAGACGUACACUUUGUACAGACUACAUAAUAGAGUCUGCCAUUGUAACUGUAAAAUUAGCCUGUAUUUUUUGUAUUCAUUUUAUUUUGAUUUUUUUAAGCCUAUUGGCCUAGUGGGUGACCAGAUAUAUAACCCACCGCUUUCUUGGGGUCCAGUUUUCCCGGCACCAUGGCCUGUGGGCGCUCAAGGUCAGCAGCUCGUACCAUCAUGACCACUGAUUUGAUGGAGUACCACCACCCGUGCCACGUGUACCACACCAUCCCAUCAUCAGUCAUCGCUUGGUACGGGCCUUUGUAGUAAUGACCGUUAAGGUUCCCUGCAUCACACCUGACCGCAGGAAUUCACAAUACAAGGAAAGAACACUGAACACAUUUAUGAAGACAUUUUUCUGCACGUUGGAUUAAUGAAAGUGAGAAAAUGUUGUUUUGACCUGCUGAACCACCAGCCCGACUUGCUGUGCCUGAUACACUUGCCAUCUCCACCAGGCCGCUUAUCGUAGGUGCUGAAUUUGACCCCGGCCGAACUGCUGCCUGGAGCUGGCCGUUUGGUGGUGUGCGGGUCAGCCAGGGCAUCCCCUGCAUUCCCGUUGUACUCCCCCAAAUGCAACUGGUACAGGUCCUUUGACAGAUUAGUCAUAAUAAAAAGGUGAAAAAAAAAGUUCAACGUCACGGUCAACGUUUCAAAACGUUAUGUAAUAUGCAGGGAAGUGUUGGGAUACAGAAGCGCAGAUUCAACAAUUGUGAAAAUGGUCAAAUAGGUGCAUGAGAUAUCCAGAAUGAGCAGAGGGGGAUUGAGAAGGGGCCGAAUCGCAGGUGUGUCAGAAGACUUCCUGAGACUGGCGUCACAAAUGGACAUACGGUACAGUACGUUCAAACCCAAAGUAUGUUUAGUUGGGUUAAG